CAAAUUCACUCAACUUUUUUCUCUCACUCCUUAAUCUUUUGCUCUCUGUCCUCCACCAAUCUACAGAACUCGCAGCAACUACCAGCAGGAUGUUGGAGAAGGUUGAAACUUUCGACAUGAACAGAAACAAAUCCGCCAUUUACUUACAAAACUGUGGACUCAGUGGAAACGCAGCUGACUCAGAAGAAGCUUUCAAAGCUAUGGUUCCAUUAGUCACUGAUGUUGAAUUAGAGCCUUACAUCAAAAGAAUGGUCGAUGGUGACACUUCACCUAUUCUCACUGGUCACCCUGUUCCUGCCAUUUCCUUAAGCUCUGGAACUAGUCAAGGCCGUCCAAAGUUUAUUCCUUUCACUGAUGAAUUAAUGGAGAACACAUUACAACUGUUUCGCACUGCUUUUGCCUUCAGAAACAGAGAUUUUCCCAUUGAUGACAAUGGCAGAGCUUUGCAAUUUAUCUUCGGCAGCAAGCAGUACAUAUCAACCGGAGGUGUCCCGGUUGGAACCGCAACCACAAACGUCUACCGCAACCCUAACUUUAAAGCCGGGAUGAAAUCUAUAACGUCUCCUUCCUGUAGUCCUGAUGAAGUCUGGGAAGAGAUUGUUACGGAUAUAAAAGAUGGUGUCUUAAGCAACCGUAUUACUGUUCCAUCGGUCCGUACUGCAAUGUCGAAGCUGCUCACACCUAACCCUGAGCUAGCUGAAACAAUCCGCUCCAAAUGUAUGAGUUUGAGCAACUGUCAUGACUACGGUAGCUCGGAAGGAUGGAUUGCUGCUAAUGUUACCCCGAAACUCUCUCCAGAGGAAGCUACAUUUGCAGUGAUUCCGAAUCUCGGUUAUUUCGAGUUUCUCCCUGUAUCUGAAACAGGGGAAGGAGAGGAGAAACCGGUUGGUUUAACCGAAGUCAAGAUCGGAGAAGAGUAUGAGGUUGUCAUCACAAAUUACGCAGGGUUGUAUCGGUACCGGCUUGGAGAUGUGGUAAAGAUCAUUGGUUUCUACAACAACACUCCCCAACUAAAAUUCAUAUGCAGGAGAAACCUAAUCCUCUCGAUCAACAUCGACAAGAACACCGAAAGAGACCUCCAGCUUUCAGUAGAAUCGGCUGCAAAGAGACUCUCAGAAGAAAAGAUCGAAGUCAUAGACUUCUCUAGCCACAUCGAUGUCUCGACAGAUCCAGGACAUUACGCUAUUCUGGGAGAUUUCAGGAGAAACAAACGAAGAUGUUCUUCAAGAUUGCUGCAACUGUUUAGACCGAGCAUUCAUCGAUGCGGGUUACGUAAGUUCCCGGAAAUGCAAGACUAUUGGAGCCUUAGAGCUGAGAGUUGUCGCAAAAGGAACUUUCCGGAAGAUUCAAGAACAUUUUCUCGGACUUGGUUCAUCGGCUGGACAGUUUAAGAUGCCAAGAUGUGUGAAGCCAUGUAAUGCUAAGGUUCUCCAAAUUCUGUGUGAGAAUGUGGUGAGUAGCUACUUCAGCACAGCGUUUUGACUAACUAUAAAUUGUGAAAUCAAGA